CCCUCCUCUCCUGCUCUGUGCUGCGCUGCUGAGUUUCAAGCGCAACAACCCGGAGAGCGCAGCAGCGACUUCACCGCUGCAACUUUGAUGACAGGGUUUUUUGGAGCAGUCGAUGAGCGCGUUUGAAGUACCUUGCUGGUGAAGACAAGGGGAUCGAGUACCUGUGAUUUACCCCAUCUACUCACCAAAAUGAAACUCCUGAUUUGUAUGAUAGCAGUCGCCUUGGCGGUGGGAUCUGCGCACGGAGGCAACGAGUUUGACGAGCCGUGUGCCGGACGCAACUGUGGAGAAGGAUGCAGAUGUAAUCCGGAGAAAGGCAGCAGGGGUCGUCCAGGGCAUCUUGGAGAAGCGGGUUCGAGCGGACCUGAGGGUCCUCGGGGGGGAACGGGACCCUCAGGGCCCAAAGGAGAGAAGGGCCACAUCGGAUAUAAAGGACCAUCUGGCCAGAAAGGAGACAAGGGGCCUAUGGGAGUGCCUGGGUUCCGGGGAACUGAUGGAGUACCUGGUCACCCCGGUCUGGACGGGGGAAGAGGACCCUCUGGACUGGACGGCUGUAACGGGACGAGAGGAGAAGCCGGAGACCCCGGUUACGGGAUCGGAGCGCCCGGACCCGCUGGACUCUCUGGGCCUUUUGGGCCGAAGGGUCAGAAAGGAGACCCUCGAUACAUCUCGGACGACGGUUCCACGAGUUCACCAGGUUAUCCAGGACCAAACGGUCAACCUGGAAUCAGAGGUCCUGAGGGUCCGUCCGGUUACCCCGGUCCAAUGGGGCCCGAGGGAUACUCUGGCCCACCUGGUCCUCCCGGUCUCCCAGGGCCAAUGGGGAGCCGCAGUGACGGAUAUGAAGGAGAGAAAGGAGACAAGGGCGACGUGGGUCUUCCCGGACCCAGCGGUACUCCGGGCGACGGCUCGCUAAGAAGCGAACAAACUCUCACUAUCUACAAAGGAGAUAAGGGUACAUCUGCUCCAAAGGGAAUAAGAGGAUUUCCUGGAAAUCCUGGUCAACCUGGACCUUUUGGCUUUGGUGGAGAACCCGGAGAGAAGGGAAUUCUUGGAUACCCCGGAGCAAGAGGUGCUCCUGGUUUGAACGGGACUCCUGGAUAUCCCGGACAAUUGGGACUUAGAGGAACUCCAGGUUUCAUCGGGCAACCGGGAUACAUCGGAGGAAAGGGUGAGCAGGGAGACCCCGGAGCACCAGGACCCCCAGCCUUCAUUAGUGAUCUGGGCGCUACUGUUCAAGGAGAGUCAGGUGACCCGGGUCUCAACGGGCUGCCCGGUGCCUCUGGUGACCCCGGACCUCUGGGAUACCCCGGACCCCCAGGACCUCCAGGAAUUGUUGGUUAUGGGACAGGUAACGGAUCCCCAGGUAAUCCCGGGACCCGCGGCCCAACAGGAGAGAAGGGAAACGCAGGAAUACCAGGAUAUGGCUCUGAAGGACUCCCCGGAUCCUCUGGCCUCCCCGGAUCCUCUGGCCUCCCCGGACCCCCGGGACCCUCCAGAGUGCAAGGCCCUAUUAGAAAUGCCAAUGAACCCUGCAUCAUCUACCCCGAGGUUCCCACCGAAGCUCCCAUAGCUUACCCCGGCCAGCCUGGACUGCCCGGCUCUAGAGGUCUGCCCGGCAACAAUGGAUUCAAUGGAUACAAAGGUGAAUCCGGAGACUGCGCCUGCCUCGGGGGGGGAACGUCGGGAACGCCUGGGUUACAGGGACCGCCCGGACCCAGCGGGACCCCCGGAUACGCCGGAAGAAAGGGGGAGCUGGGAGAUGGCGGCACACCUGGCUUUGGAGGCAAUCAGGGACUUCCCGGUCGUUCUGGUGAAUCCGGAAACUACGGUCGUAAGGGGGAGAAAGGAACGUCUUUUUACCCCGAUCUUGGUUUAGCAGUGAAAGGAGAACUCGGAGGAAAUGGCCCCCGCGGACCUAACGGAGAAACUGGAAAACCCGGAAGAGACGGAAUCGCCGGAUUCCCUGGAACUCCUGGACCCCCCGUUUCCCCGGUACAAAGGGAGACAGAGGAGACCCAGGUUUCCCAGGACCAGCGGGGAUGAAGGGGACCCCCGGCGUGCCCGGUACCCCUGGAUCUCCGGGGCCCCGAGGACCCUCCGGACCCCCCGGACCGGGAACUAGAGACGGGAUCCCAGGAACACCGGGAAGAAAGGGUGAGUCAGGUUUCCCAGGACUCAUGGGCUUCCCUGGACUCCCGGGACGUCCUGGAUCUUCUGGUUUCCCUGGAGGGAAAGGACAGUCUGGAGGACAGGGUAGAAACGGACUCAACGGCGGCCCCGGGUACUCCGGAGCGAAAGGUGACAGAGGAUACCCCGGCUCCCCCGGUCUGCCCUCCCCUCCGUUCAGAUCAGAGUUUGUAGAAAAAGGAGAACCAGGAAACAACGGAGGCAGCAGCCUUCCUGGGUUCCCCGGACCCAGAGGUGACAAGGGUUUCCCGGGUCAACCUGGUCGUCAGGGUCUUUCCGGACUUCCUGGUUACGCCGAACAGAGCAAAGGACAGCCUGGAGUACCUGGUUACCCCGGGCAACCAGGUACACCAGGAUACCCCGGACCAAAGGGAGAAUCUGGUAUUAUGGGAUUCCCCGGCAUGGCUGGACCGAGGGGUGAUGACGGCACACCUGGUUUCAAUGGAAAUCCUGGAGAAAAUGGCCGACCAGGAGGCAAAGGUUCUCCCGGAGAGAGCUAUGGUUAUCCCGGAAGAUCGGGAGCUAAAGGACAACCCGGAGAUUCAGGCUACCCAGGCGGGCGUGCGAAUGACGGCGCUCCCGGGGACAACGGUUUCCCAGGAGGUCCAGGCUACCCCGGAUCAAAGGGAGGUCCAGGUGAUGGAGGCCGUUCUGGAAUAAUGGGCUCCCCUGGUUUCCCCGGGCCAAAAGGUCAGUCUGGAUAUCCAGGAAGACCAGGAGCAGACGGGACUCCUGGACCUCCUGCUGGGCCUGGAGGUCCCGGAGCCAAAGGUUUACCUGGAUCCCCUGGUUUGGAUGGUCUUAAUGGCCUCGCUGGACCUAAAGGCCUCCCAGGAACACCAGGUGGAAACGCUGGAGGUCGUCCAGGAGCUUCCGGUAUUCCCGGUCUGAAGGGAGAGAGAGGAUCCUCCUACCCUGGGGGACCAGGAUACCCCGGAGGCAAGGGACAGAGAGGAGACCAAGGUGGUCCCGGACGCUCAGGGUUCCCCGGUCUUCCCGGACCCCCCGGUCCCACGGUGGGAUCAGACGUUCUUGGACCUCUUGGAGACCCAGGACUCCCUGGACUGGAUGGAGAAUAUGGUAUCCAGGGUCCUCCAGGUCCUCCCGGUCCUCCUGGUCCCGGCACAGCUCAGGGAGACCGAGGAGACCCUGGACUCCCAGGUUUCCCAGGAUCCCCCGGGAGAAAGGGAGAACCUGGUUUUCUCGGAGGCCCCGGACUCCCCGGAAGCCCCGGGUUCAAAGGAGGAAUAGGAGAGAGCGGAUACAGCGGAGGUCCUGGUCUGAAGGGCUAUCCCGGUGAUUCUGGAUAUUACGGAAACAAAGGAGCCAAGGGAGUGCGAGGACGUCCCGGUCGUCAGGGAGCCCCCGGAGCCACGAUUCCCAGGAUACCGCAAGACUUCGAGCAACCCUACGGAGAAAUUGGUUACCCCGGAGGAGGUGGAGGAAGCGGGACUCCUGGAGAACCCGGACAGCAGGGACUCCCCGGACGUUCAGGGUCUAAGGGUCGUCCCGGUCCUGGAGGUAAACUGGGCCAGACUGGACCUCCUGGUUACCCCGGAUCUAUCGGUGAGGCCGGAUCCCCCGGUUUCCCCGGACCCGCUGGAGAACAAGGCGCCACUGGGUCCACGGGUCGCUCCGGACCCCCCGGGGCUGUGGGUCGUGGCUCAAGCAUCGGAUACACCCUGGUGAAGCACAGCCAGAACGCCCAAGUGCCCAUGUGUCCUCAGGGCAUGGCCACGCUGUGGGACGGGUACAGCCUGCUGUUCGUGGAGGGGCAGGAGAAGGCUCACAACCAGGACCUCGGUCAGCCGGGGUCUUGUCUCCCCCGCUUCAGCACCAUCCCCUUCCUCUACUGCUCCAACGAGGUGUGUUACUACGCCUCUCGAAACGACAAAUCCUAUUGGCUCUCCACCAGUGCUCCCAUUCCCAUGAUGCCCGUUGCCGAGCAACAGAUCCAGCAAUACAUCAGCAGGUGUUCAGUAUGUGAGGCUCCCUCUCUGGCUGUAGCCGUGCACAGCCAGGAUCUGAGCAUCCCCACCUGCCCCCCCGGCUGGAGGAGUCUCUGGAUCGGAUACUCCUUCCUCAUGCACACAGCGGCGGGAUCUGAAGGUGGCGGUCAGUCUCUGAAUUCCCCCGGUUCUUGUCUGGAGGAUUUCCGCGCCACGCCGUUCAUCGAGUGCAACGGAGCCAAGGGAUCCUGCCACUUCUUCGCCAACGAAUACAGCUUCUGGCUCACCACCGUGCAGCCGGGCACGGAGUUCCUCUACUCCCCCGGACAGGAGACCCUGAAGGGCGGCCAGGAGAGAUCCAGAGUCAGCCGCUGCCAAGUCUGCAGCAAGCUGUUGUAGUAUCAGCACCUUGGAGGAGAACAAGAGGUGUUAAAGGUCACCUAUUAUGCAAAAUCCACUUCUCCAUGUCUCUUCUUCAUCAACAUGUGUCCCCUCUUCUUCAUGUCUCUUCUACAUCAACAUGUGUCCCCUCUUCUUCAUGUCUCUUCUACAUCAACAUGUGUCCCCUCUUCUCCAUGUCUCUUCUACA